GCUAACACCUGUGCUCAGUUGAGUGUUUAUGUUCUUCUAAAAUGGAUGAUGGAAUGUGGAAAGAAGGAGGGGGGAGCAACCAGCCACCCCCACACCCAGUGCAAAAUACUUCUUCAUCAGCGGGAUGAGGAAGACAUCUUUAAGCUGGAAACAGACCCAAUAACAAAUGAGGAUAUUUUAAGCAUCAUUAAGGUAACUCCAUUUGCUCUCACCAAAUCUGGAUGUUAUUAAAAUGAUCUACACAAAUGUUCAGAAAAUGAAACCCAAAAGGUUCAUUUUUGAUUAUUCUUGAUUUGAGUCUCAUUUGCAGGAAAAGAAUUAUGAAAAGAAACAGUUUGGUCAACUUGCAGAUUGGGGUGGAAAACAUUGAACCCUUUUCUAAGUGUGAAAACGGGAAAUUGAUUAAACAGGGAAGCAAACUUUAUCCUCCAGACUCAGUCAGUGUCAAAGUUAUAAUGAUUGAUAGCAAUGACCCUCCAGAGUUUCAGAAAACUAAAGUAGAUGUGAUUGAGAAAGAAGAGUCUGAAACAGGAAAGGUUCUCUUCACCCCAGAGGUUCAUGAUCCAGACUCUACUUCCUUCAGGUUUGUACUUCUGGAAGAUCCAGCUAACUGGGUGUCUGUUGAUGAAAAAACUGGAGAAAUUAGAGCAACUAAGAAGAUGGACAGAGAAUCACCCUUCGUGGAUGCUGACAAUGUUUACAAAGUCGUCAUUGCUGCCAUAGAUGAUGGUGAUCCUCCAGCCUCAAGUUAUUGCACCAUCAGUAUCCACCUGAGGGACACCAAUGAACACAAGCCACAGCUGGUCAACAACAGCAUCAUCAUGUGUGGAAAUAUGAGCAAUAAAGUGAUGCUUUCUGUGUAUGCUGAUCCACAUAGUGGACCUUUUCAUUUCUCACUUGAUAACGAUGAAGAUAAGCAGCAUUGGACACUAGAUCCUGCUUAUGCAGGGUGGCCUUGUCAGCCUGAAGAAGCUACCCUAUGGAAAAUGUUCUAUACCACUGGUGAUUGAAGACCAACAGAACAAUAUUGGACGUGAGACCUUGGAAGUGGUUGUGUGUGACUGCGAGGAGAACAAUACAGGUAAUGUGAAAAAGGCACUUUCUUUUUCAUCCUGGACAGUUCGCCAGUCGGUCACCCUGCGACAGUGGCCGGAUAGGCUCCGGCAACCCAGUGACUCCGGAAGGGGAAUGAAUGAAUGAAUGAAUGAAUGAAUGAAUGAAUGAAUGAAUGAAUGAAUGAAUGAAUGAAUGAAUGAAUGAAUGAAUAUUUUUAACAAUGUAUUGUUUACAAAAUGAGACAAAAUAUAUGAAUGAGGUGAUUAAACCACCUAUUUAAUUUAUGUGAGGAUUGAGUGCUUUUGUUUUUUUGUUUUUUGUUUUUUUAUAAUAUUCUGUUUUCCUUGUCAGUAUUACCAGGUUAUGGUUGAUUCUCCAUAGUUGUCUUCAUUUAGUUAAUUACCUUCAGUGUAUUCAAAUGUCUAGUGUUCAUUUCUGGUGUUCAUUUCUUCAUUGUCAGGUUAUAUGUUGUCAUCGUUUUUCUUUUUUGUGUUUGUUUCACUCUCUCUCUCCCUAUGGGUUUUUUCAAGGUUAUUUAUUAAAUGUCAAAGUUUCUGUCACUAA